UGUAUCUGUAUCGGUUACGAACUGUUUUGCAAGUAUAUCGUUAACAGGGCACAUAAGUAGGUAUAUCGACCAAAUUGUAGGCAUACUCACUUCAUACCACCCACAAAGCAUCCUCAAGACACCUAUAGGUAGAGAUAUACAUUACUUUGAGCAGAAAUUAUAUAUUAUUUGCCUAUCCACAGGCACUAGUCAAGGCUGUACAAUCAUUCGAAUCGAUUCAAAAUACUAUACACCACUUACACAUAGACAGUAGAUACCAGAGUGACACCCGAGUGAUACAGCAUGGGUUUCUUCGGCUUCUCUGACUUUGAGCGUAUACUCGACCGCGCUACAAGUGAUGAGUUGUUAGAGCCUGAUCUAUCACUUAACACGGAACUAUGUGAUAUACUACGACAGCGCGAAGUCAAGGCUGGACAGGCACUCAAUGCGAUCAAGCGUAAAAUAAGCCAAAGAAAACCUAUGAUCACACUGUUGGCGCUGAAUGUACUGGAGAUGUGUGUGAGCAAUUGUGGACCAUAUUUUGCCCGAGAAGUGGCUAGUGAAAGCUUCAUGCAGCAGAUGCGAGAAUGGGCCCUACCCAGUUCGUUUAGUGAGCAGAUCAGUUAUAGACUGCUGGAGCUGACACAGAAUUGGGCCGUGGGGUUCAAAGGAGAUGCCAACUAUCAGAAUAUGUUUGAUACAUAUAACCAGAUGCGAAUGGAAGGUAUGC